ACAUAUUUAGUCGCGGUAACUCGUCCCGAACAGUCGAAUCCUAUCGUUGCUUGGGACUCGAAGCGUCCAGAAAAAAUUGUUCAAGUUGUACCACGAGUCUCUCAUUGUCGAUAAAAGUACAACGAUAAGUGAUUUCUUUGCGAUGAGAUUUUACAGACGUAUAGCCACGUAGACAAAGGAUGAUCGUCGUACUCGAACAUCGAUGAGAGAACACACAGACUGUACCUAUACGUGACGACGAGAAACAUUCAAUUUUCAUAGAGGGAAAACGAGCGAAUAUAAUCGCAAAUCGAGAUUGGUCAACAGUAUCUGGCGAAAAAUGGCGGAUAGAGGCAAGGAGGACUUCGGAAAGCUCUUCCGGAGAAGGCUUCCACAGUACAUCGCUGCUUGCGCAGCGUGCAUGGGCGGAUUCUCUUUGGGCUGCGGAAUCGGUUGGAGCGCGCCGUGCGUCGAAGUGCUGAAAGAGAAGCACGAGUACGAUACGUUCUCGACGAACGUGAUCGCGUCGGUUUUUCCGCUGGGUGCAGCACUUGGGAUGCCAGUGGUGCCUUUCCUGGUCGACAAGAUCGGUCGAAAGUGGACGAUGAUGUCGCUGGUACCCGCGUUCCUUCUCGGCUGGAUAUUCAUCACAAUUGGGGUGACUACGUUCGUGCUUCUAGUCAUGGGCAGACUGAUAACCGGCGCCUGUGGCGGAAUGUUCUGCGUCGUCGCGCCGAUGUACUCUGCCGAGAUCUCCGAAAAAGAGAUUAGAGGUACCUUGGGAGUCUUCUUCCAAUUGUUACUCGUGAUCGGGAUUCUGUACGCUUACUGCUGCGGCUACGCUAGGAACAUCGUUGUGAUAUCGAUUCUAUGUGGUAUCGCUCCUCUCUUAUUCGCCAGCAUCAUGACCUUCAUGCCGGAAAGUCCGCUGUUCUACGUGGCGCAAGAGAACGAAGAAGCCGCCAAGAAGUCGAUGCGAUUCUUCCGUGGAUCGGAGUACGAUAUCGACCCUGAGAUCAACGCGUUUAAAGACCAAGUAGAGAAAAGCAGGCGCGAGAAGGUGACGUUCUCUGCGUUCUUGAAGAAACCAGUGUUGAAGACCAUGGGAGUGGCAUAUGGGUUGAUGUUCGCGCAACAAUUCAGCGGCAUCAACGCUAUUAUUUUCUACUGCGAGACGAUCUUCAGGCAAACCGGCGUUGACAUGGAUCCCCUGCUCCAGAUGUUGAUCUUCGCGGUGGUCCAGGUGAUCGCCUGCGCUAUAUCGGCCUCGUUGAUCGAUCAGCUGGGUCGAAAGAUCCUCAUGACGAUAUCCUGCGGCGUGAUGUGUCUCUGUCUGAUGGCUCUAGGCAUCUUCUUCGUUUUGAGGACCAACAAUCCCGACCAAGCCGACCGUCUAUUUUGGUUACCGCUCGUUUCUGCUUGCCUAUAUAUCCUGGCUUUCUGCCUGGGUGCCGGUCCCAUACCAUGGGCCUACAUGGGCGAAAUCUUCCCAACCAAUCUAAAGGGGACAGCUUCCUCCAGCGCGGCGUGUUUGAACUGGAUGCUGGCGUUCAUCGUGACCGUAUCGUUUUCCUCCGUGGUCGAUGCUGUUGGGAACGCAGCUGCGUUCUUUUUCUUCGCGAUGAUCUGUCUAUUGAGCGUGGUUUUCGUGAUAUUCUGCAUGAUCGAGACCAAGGGGAAGACGUUCGCCGACAUUCUAAGGGAGUUCGGCACCUACGAAAUCAACGAACGAUGAUAGUAUUCGAUCACGAGAAAUACAUGGACAGAAAUUUUAUCGUUGAGAGCAUCGAUAGCGAUAUAAAUUUGUCAUUAUACUAUAGCGGCGAAAUGAAUGUGAAAUGCCGGUGCGUGGAUCCUAGAAACUUUGUAAGUAAAUUCUGAAAAAUAAAUGUAUCUCGACUUGAACGAA